CGAUAUUCCUACGAUAUUCCUUCAUUCGCAGUGUGGCGAAGACCACUAAAGUCCGUGUCUGCCCACCACCACCAUAUGAUAGUACUUGGUCGAAUAUUAUGCUCAGAAUUCCGCUAGCUUUUCAAUUUCUAAGGAUCUGUGGUAUUUUUCUUCUUUCAACAUGUGCUCUCAAGGUCUCUGGCAAUGAGCUCGAGGUCGACUUUCAGGGGGCGCAACGCUUCUUUUCGCAGUCAGCAUUGACGGAGGGUCAUAUAUCGAAUGAAGUUACGGGCGCUGGAGAUAUCACUGCCCCGAUUGACUCUGGCGUGUUGAGGAGGUUCACGUUGCUUUCGGAGACCGAGAUGUCAGAAGUGUUGCAGCUGGCCGAGAAACGCGAUUGGGAUGUAUGGCAAGCCACCCCGCAGCAUGUCGACAUAUUUUUCCCUCGGCAACCCUUUCUCUCCGACUCCUCUUCAUCUCCCCAUUCACUUCAGGAUUCUUUCAACCACCUCGCUCCAUAUGCCUACCACGAUACCGCGAUACCUCGAGUUUCUCUACCAACUAUGGACCUGCAUACUUCGUCCCAGACAGAACUCGAAUCAGACCCAUGGAACCUCAGUUCGCUCGCCGACUCGACAUUCUACUCCACAUAUCAUACGCUGGACGACAUCUACGCUUUCAUGCACGACCUCGCAGCUCAAUACCCUGAGAAGAUCACGCUCGUUCCGCUUGGACAUACGGGCGAAGGGCGCGAAAUGUACGCGAUGGAGAUACGGACGCCCUCCGCUGACGAUAAUCAAAGUGGUGCUAACUUUAACUUCGGUGGUGAAGAAGAUUUGGAGAAGGAGAAGGGUGCCACCCUCCGCGACGAGCUUCCUCCUGCAGAGCUUGUGGGAAAUGAGGAGUGGUCACAGGGCGUGCAUGCCGAGAAGAAUAAGGAUAAUAAGAGCAAGAAGGGAAAGAAGGGCAAGAAACCAAAGGGAAAGAACGGGAGAAGGAGGAAAGAUAAGGAGAGAGUGGAAAUAGGUGGAAAAGCUGGUUUCAUUAUUACGGGCGCACAACAUGCGAGGGAGUGGGUGGCAACUGCCUCAGCUCUCUAUCUCGCCCACGCACUCGCAGCCAACACCUCCGAGAGUGAAUCACUGGGCCAUCUGCUGGACAAAUACGAUUUCUAUCUCGUCCCAGUUCCAAACCCGGACGGACAUGUGUAUACCUGGGAGCACGACCGUUUUUGGUACAAGAACCGACUCGACCUCGGUCCCCAGGCAAAGUGUACAGGAAUAGACAUGAAUAGGAACUGGGGCUACAAAUGGAAAUCGUCAUUUGCCUCCCUCCUUACCUCCGAGCCCUUGACCGAGCCUCAGCCCCACAAUUCGAUUACGGAGGCGGACAACGAAGCGGACAAUGAUCUCCACAUCACCAAGAAGAAGACCAAGAACCCGAAGAAGUCUCCAGACUCGCCAGGCUCACCUCCGGAUGAUACAUGCCACCAUUGGUACCCCGGCCAUCGACCCUUCCAGGCUCCCGAAGUGAAUAACAUGGCGAAUUAUUUCGAGAGGUUGGCAGACGUUAAGUUGUUUGUGGAUUUGAGGAGUUAUGGGCAAAUGAUCUCGGCUCCAUACUCACAUUCGUGCAAGCGAACCCCUCUCGACGCGGAGGACCAACUCGAGGCCGCAUCUGGGGCGGCAGCGGCAGCGAAGAAGUCCAACGGGACGUCGUUCCAGGUCGGAACACUUUGCUCGACAUUGUACAAGGCACCGGGUAACAUCGUGGAUUGGAUGUACGCCAGGAAAGGCGUCAAGUACUCGUACGCCGCCCAUCUGAGGGACACCGGGACUUACGGUUUCGCACUACCUCCGAACUGGAUCAGACCUGCCGGGGCAGAAACUGCGAAGAUGUUGGAGUACCUUGCCAAAUUUGUGGCUACCAAGGAGAACAUCGGCAAGGCGGAGGUUUGAGCUCAGACUGUCCAUAGUUACCGGGUAGCUCUCGACUUUCUGAGUCAGGACAGUGGGUACGAAAAUGUGGCACCACUACCGUGUCAGUGUGGCCCACGCGUGGUGUUGUACCACCAAUAUGACAGGACAGCGGAUGGAUUGAAAUCACCUGGAUGUCCAUCCACAGCGUAUCGUAGGCCUGUUGGGAUUUGUUGUGGAUUGUACAGGUGUCAGGGUGCCAGGAUGAAGUGUCAUGCGGGUGUGGCGACCUUAUGUUUUCUUUACCUUUCCGUUUGUAUGCCUACGAUAUCGCCUUCCGCUCUGAUACCGUCACUGUAGUGUUGACUGUUCCCAUCGGUGCAUCGGUGUACUUGUAUGUACUUAUUCUUGCAUCUGCCUCAUCGCCUCGUUGUCGAUUCGUC